AUUGCAGCCAAUGUGUAGAUUUACCGUGCACAUGGAAUUAUGAGGGCACUGCUGCUUUCUUUCAAUGCAAUCUCUACGCUUAGCAGUUGAGAGCUUGUACCUGUUCACCAGGUCUUUGUUCAGUUUCACCACACCUCUUAUGACGCAAUGCUUCGUAUACCGCAUCAUUGCUUAUGAUCAGUUUAAUGUUCCAAGCAAUGGUCCCGUCUAAGACAUUCACAAUUCAUCUGCUUCUCUUGGUACUCUGCCGAGCAUCGACGGUGUCUAUGAAUAAAUGCCAGUUGACGAACAUCACCAUCUCCGUGGAGAGGGAGGAGUGCGGAUUCUGCGGGACAAUAAAUGUCACCUGGUGUUCCGGUUACUGUUUUACUAAGGAUCCAGUCUGCAAGCACACCUUGGCGUUUGUGUACCAAGAGAUUUGCAGUUACAAGGAGAUUGUCUACGAAACGAUGACCAUUCCCAACUGCCCUGCCAACGUUAGCCCUUAUUAUACCUACCCAGUUGCAACGAGCUGCCAGUGUGGUAUGUGUAAUACUGAUACCACUGACUGCACUGUCUCAGCGAUGGGACCUGUUCACUGCUCGCUGGAACAGCCAAGGAGAAAUGAUUCGAGCAACUCGCAAAUCACUUCCAACCCAUCCAGCAGGACCAACGUCAAGGACAUUUAACGCACUGACCUUAAACCCAUACUCUGCCCGGGGAAAAAAAAACUAUUGUCCGUUUGGGCAGUGGUAUGAUGAUCGAUUUCUCCCACUUCGAGUAACCGCGGCAUUCCUUCCCUCUCUCUCUCCAUCCCUCCCCCACCCAAGUCGCACCAGCUUCUCGUUCUCACCUAGCAAACAGCUAACUACCGACUGUUCCCUUUCCCAUCGAUACUUUUACAGCGUAUUCUUCAUUCAUUUGUUCCAUAUCU